CCUUCGAUCUCAAUGAAGCUGCUGGCGGUUUUCAUCGCGGCCGCCGCCGCCUUCAGCGCGCCGAGAUCGCAGACGCGCAGCAGCCCCGCCCCGCGCAGCGUCCUCGCGCUGCGUGGCGGCGGCGGCGAGCCCUCCGAGGCCAUGCUGCAGGCCACGUUUGCGUGCAAUCGCCUCUAUGCCUCGUGCCUCGCCGAGGCCAACGCCGAGGUGGCGAUGCUGCGCAAGACGGUCGCGGCGGGCGAGGACCUGUCCGGCUUCGGCGCCAAGGCGGACGCCGUGCUCGCCGACGCGGAGGACAAGUUCUCCGCGGGCACGCCUGCGGGCGACGCCGACGUGGCGCAGCUGUAUGCCGACAAGAAGGAGGAGCUGAGCGAGGCGGUGCUGACGUCGAUCGAGCCGGCCUUCGUGAAGGCGCUCGCGGCGCUCAAGGAGACGGCGCUCGAGUCCUUCAAGGCGCAGGCCGUCGGGCAGGACGACCUCGCCAACGCGGCGAGCGCUGCCGAGGCGGCCUUUGUGAAGGGCGCCAAGGUGUGCGUGCCCGCCAAGGCGGGCUGGGGGUACAAGGCGGAGCGCGCGAGCCUCGUCGCGGUGAUUGACGCCAUCAAGAGCCAGUCAAAGAAGGCGUCGGCGGUCAAGCAGCAAGCGCAGCAGCAGAUGAGCACCGCGAUGAACUACCUGCAGCUGCAGUCGCAGCAGAUGCAGCAGAUCCAGGCGCAGUACGCGGGCGGGCAGGGCGGCAAAUGGUCGCUCGGCGCCGCCUACCGGCCUCCCGACACAAACAUCAACCUGUCCGGCUCCUACCAGCAAGGGCGCGGGAAUCUGCAGCUCUGGAUGGUGCCCGAUGAGGGCGCCGCACUCCUCGGGCCGAACGGCUUCACCAACGGCGUCGGCCCCGCCAACCUCGGCCUCUCUAUGAACGUGCACCUCUGAGGGCGCGACCCAACCGCGCGCUGCUUCGUCUUGUUUAAGCACGCCCAGCCAUCGACCAGCCACGCAGCCGCUGCUGCGGGUGCGUCCUGGCGGCUGCGGGAGGCGCGGCUGGGGCUGCUCCCUCACUCGCCGUGGCCGGCCCGACUCAGACUACCGGCUCGACUCUCGCUAAUCACCUAGGAGGAGGUCUAUCGUGGCGCGUGACGCGCUGACCACAGAAUCGUGUGCGCUUUGUGUCUUACCCCGGGGCGGGCGCGGUCUCUGCCAGUCGCGCCGGUCUGUGCGGUCUGGGUCUCUGCGUCUGGCUCUCUGUGGGCGUCUCUAACACUGCUCACUGGUAACUCUCUAUUGAGCUAGAUUUUGAUUGAGAGGGUUGAGUUUAUCGCAGCUUUAUAUGUGCCUGAGUGCUGAGUUGAC